GUUUUAGUAUUAAUAUACAAGAAGGUUCUAGUAUUAAUAUACAAAAAGAUUCUAGUAUUAAUAUACAAGAAGAUUUUAGUAAUAAUACAGAAAAAGGUUCUAGUAAUAAUGUGAAUAAAAGUUUAAGU